CUCAGUUGGACUCGCAGUUUGCGCACUGACCCGGUCUGGCUGCUCGGGACUGACAGCAUCACACGGGGAACAUCUCCAUAUCACAAGUUUGACUGCCUGAGCCUUGAGAUGACAGUACACUUGGCAUCGGAUUUGCAGGUAAGGGAAGACACAAGCUUCAAGAUGCUGGGUGUUCGCUUUUCUAAUUCAGUGAUGUCAGUUGCGCUGGAUACAAAAAAGCAGGGUUUGGAGACGAUUCAUAACAAACCAGACUCUGAGCCAAAUGAGGAGUUACCAAAGCAGCUUCAGCUGCGUGUUCUUUUCAUGGAUUCAGCACAGAAAGAGUACACUGAAAUCCCAGCACCGAUUCUCGACCUGGAAGCUCUGGAGGAAUUACAUUUGGAAAAUAACCAUAUCGAAGUAAUCCCAAAGGAGAUAUGCCACCUCUGCAACAUUAAGGUGCUUUACCUGAAUAAUAAUAAUAUAACACAUGUCUGUGAGGAACUUGGAGAGCUACAGAAUCUGCAGAGUUUAGAUCUUAGCUUCAACCCUCUAGAGUACGACUCUUUGAAUAUAGUUAGCAAAGUGCAGCAUCUUCAUGAGCUGAGGCUCUAUAGUGUAAACCUGGAAGAAUUUCCAGUAAUUAUCUGCAACAGUCUUCAGUGUCUGGAGCUUCUUGGACUCUCCAACAACCACUUAACGUCUCUACCCGAAGAAACAGUAAAGUUAGUACAAUUAAAGGAAAUUUACCUCCGGAACAAUAGACUUGAGCGUUUUCCCAUUGAGCUCUGUCUACUUCCUAAUCUAGAGAUUAUUGAUCUUGAACACAAUGCUCUGAAAUCCAUACCUGCUGAAAUCGGUUCUUUAACCAAACUUCUUAAGCUCUUCGUGGGUUUUAAUAAUAUUUCAGUUAUUCCAAAAUCCCUCUCCCACUGUACAAAGUUAACAGUGCUUGACUCCUCUAGUAAUUGCCUGCAAAAGAUUUGUCCCCAUCUCAGGAAACUGACAGAACUAAAUGAACUGGUAUUGUCAGGUAAUGAACUGGGGGAAUUUCCAUCCAAACUUUGCAAACUUUCAUCUCUCAGUGUGCUCUAUUUAAAGAACACAGGUAUAAAAAUUUUACCGCCGGCUUUGAGCAAUCUGUCCUUCAUCAAAAUUCUAGAUCUUAGUCAGAACCUUCUCACAGAUGUUCCCUCAGCAAUCUGCACAUUAAAGCGACUCGAGAUUCUAUCCUUGGAUGACAAUCUCAUCUCAUCGAUUAUCCCAGAAAUAAAGGGACUCCCACAACUAAUUUACUUGGGACUGACAGGGAACAGAUUUACUGGUUUCCCAGAAGAAAUAUGUCUGUUGGAGUCUUUAGAGAGGUUAUACAUUGGACAAGAUCAGGGAACGAAACUUACAUGCUUACCAGAAAAUAUCUGCAUGUUAAAGAAUCUGAAGGAGCUGUAUAUUGAAAACAAUGAUCUGGAAUGUCUUCCCUCAAACAUCAGUUGUCUCCAGAAUCUGAUAAUACUAGAUUGCCGCAACAACCGUCUCAAGCAAUUUCCUGAAGCAAUCUGCAGUCUGCAAGCAUUACAGAAGUUGCUGCUGCAGAACAAUCUAUUGUCUGUUCUCCCAGACAAACUCGACUUGCUCCCAAAACUUGAACUGCUUGAGCUAGAAGGAAAUCCGAUGACAGACCCUCCCAUUGAGUUGUGCAGUCUUGGAAGAUCUGCCAUCUGGCAAUUUCUUCAGGAAAAGAGACGUAGGAAUGCACUGGCAAUUAAGAUCCAGGCAUGGUGGCGAGGCCUAAUGGUACGUAAAGGGCUUGGGCCAUUUCAGUGUCUCCUACGGUCUGGGAAAAAAGGCAAGAAAUCGAAAAAAGCUUCAAAAACUAAAGGCAAGGGUCAGAAAGGUGGAGCAAAAGGAAAGAAGAAAUAA